AUGAAGGGAUAUGAGGAGGGGCGCAUCUUCUACCACAAGUGGAGGGACAUGCAGAGGAAACUCAGGAUCGAUUACAUCCUUAUGGACUACCCACAUCGAAAGCCUUCAGAAGCAAGGGUGAGGUACAAGAUGCAAAGGGAAGGAUGGACUUGCAAUGCCCCCAAGGUGGAGGAAAUUUUGGAAGUCUGGAAAAGUAAGGGGGGGUCUGUCCUCGCAGACCCAAACAUCAUGCAGUCAGUCCUGGACCAGAAGUGGAAGGGCCUGGCCAUUACAGACCUGGGACCACCAAAGGGAAAAGGCGUGGUGGCAACGAUGCCGUUCCAGGUUGGAGAUGUAGUAUGCGACUACCACGGGGAGCUGGUCACAGAGGCAGAGGGAAGGCAGAGGCAAAGUCAGGUACCAGAUGGCACUGACAUGUACUUCUUCUAUUUUAAAAGCCACAAUGGCACAAAGAUGUGCCUGGACGCGCAGAAAUUCCCCUGCUUCUGUCACCCCGACAUUGACACUUUUGGCAGGAGGAUAAACCACUCGGGCAAGAACUUUAAUGUCAAGCCAGUUCGCUUUGCGUUGCCUUUUUCUGGAGGACUCAGGGAUAUCAUGAUCUUUGUUGCCACUAGAAACGUGACAGUAAAAGAGGAGCUCACGUGGGACUAUGGUGUCAGACAGUCAUCCUUUGGAGGAGAGGGCCGAAAUCUGGAAUGGCUGAACGAGUAGUAGAUAGAUCAGAAGCUUGUA